AUGAAAAAGUAUUGUUUUUGGAAUGUAAACAACUCAAACUUAGAUCCACCAUUAGAAAAUGUGGAUUUAAAAGAAACGUAUUCAACUGGAUAUGUUAUUGUUCAUCCAGACGUCGAACAAUUACUACGCGAUCAAAAUACAAUUGUACCUACUGGUGAAAAUACGAAUGAAGACGAAGACAAGACUCCUACCCAGGAAAGUACUGCCAACUGGACUACAGAUGUUAUGGCGCAUAUAGCAUUUGUUUGUCAGACCGUUACUCACGAAGAGUGGGACAAGGAAAGACUUUAUGAAGAUUAUAGUACGAAAUUCGGAAAUUCAAAUGAAGAGUCGAAGGCAAAAAAUGAGGAAUCAAAGAAGAAAUUCGAUUUUAUUUAUGAUAACUGGAAAAGUAUUUUAUCUACUUUUGUCCUUUGUAAGAAUGAUACAGCAGUUAAUGAAGCUCUUAAACACGAAAUUAAAUUAGAAUUUGACCGUACUGUAAUUUACUCGAUGGACUCACGGUCCACGGAUCCAGGAGACUUUUUUAACGACAUACGCAAGCUAAAAGACCCAAUUGAUAUUCGCGCCUAUGCAGUCAAUGUGAAUGGUGAAGAAGUGGCGAAGGCCUUGAAAGCAUCGGGUGAUACUAAUAAUAAAGACUCCACGGAGCGCACUUUAGUGUUGUAUACAAACACUAAUAAGUACACAUAUGCGUUCGCAUAUAGUCUGACUGGCCAGUGCAAUCUUCGAGUGAAUCCAAGUCCUAAAGUGCGUGGGGAUAGCGAUCAACAUUUCUUGUAUGUUCUUUGUCCUCAUGCUAGCGCCGCUACAGCUGCUGUUCAUGGAAUAUAUCGGCAACUAUUGAAAUUCAAAUCAAGUCCAUCUAUGGCUGAAUCUGAGCAAACUGUUAUUGCUUCUAUUGCAAGUGGUGCAACAAUACCUGCUCACAAUAUCCGGCAACAACCUACUAAUGACUCAAAUCAGUCGGAUACUAAUCCGCCUAUUGGUGCUGCUCCGGUUGCUUCGAUUCUUGAGCGAUCACGUUCGGAUGAUGACGAUGAUACACAUAUUAAUAGCAAGAAAAAUACCCAAUUAUAA